AUGCUGGAUCGACCAUUGAGGUACCGUGAUAUAGCGCGUCUUAUUCUCCUGGGGGGGGGGGGGGGGGGGGGGGGGGGGGGGGGGGGGGGGGGGGGGGGGGGGGGGGGGGGGGGGGGUGGGGGGGGGGGGGGGGGGGGGGGGGGGGGGGGGGGGGGGGGGGGGGGGGGGGGGGGGGGGGGGGGGGGGGGGGGGGGGUGGGGGGGGGGGGGGGGGGGGGGGGGGGGGGGGGGGGGGGGGGGGGGGGGGGGGGGGGGGGGGGGGGGGGGGGGGGGGGGGGGGGGGGGGGGGGGGGGGGGGGGGGGGGGGGGGGGGGGGGGGGGGGGGGGGGGGGGGGGGGGGGGGGGGGGGGGGGGGGGGGGGGGGGUGGGGGGGGGGGGGGGGGGGGGGGGGGGGGGGGGGGGGGGGGGGGGGGGGGGGGGGGGGGGGGGGGGGGGGGGGGGGGGGGGGGGGGGGGGGGGGGGGGGGGGGGGGGGGGGGGGGGGGGGGGGGGGGGGGGGGGGGGGGGGGGGGGGGGGGGGGGGGGGGGGGGGGGGGGGGGGACCGCCAUUCAAGUGA